AGAACAUACUGCUGGUGCUUUGAGAUAGAAUUCAGAUACGUCGUAUAGGUUUGUUCUUGAGCAUCUUGGUUUCGAAAAUUUUUCAACCUUUCUGUUUUGCUAUCAGGAUGGCUCGCUACGUAGGAUUGGAUAAAUUGGGGAAGCUGUUUGGCUAUGUUCGGGAUAACGGAGGAAUUCGUGCCAGCUUGUACAAACUGUAUAGGAUGGAUGAAAUGAAGGCCGGUCGUUUGGUUGGGCAAGAUAAGUACGGUAAUAAGUAUUACGAAGAUCCGUCUCAGUUCUACGGUAGGAAUCGAUGGGUUGAAUACGCUCCCCACUUCAACCUGGAAUACGACGGUUCGCAAAUCCCUGCUGAAUGGUUCGGAUGGAUGCACUAUAAGACCGAUUUGCCACCGAAUCGCGAUGGAUUGCGCCCACAUUACUCGUGGAUGGCUGACCAUAGUGAAAAUGUUUCCGGGACUAAGGAAGCCUACAUGCCCUAUUCUACAACUCGCCCCAAAGUAGAUGCAUGGGAUCCCAAGAAGCCAGCGGAUAAAUUGGACUAGAAACGAAGUGAAUGAUUGAAUAAUGUUUAAUAAUCCCUUGCAUUAGCAGAAUCCAUCGUUGAUAUCGUAA